AGAUUAAUAAUUUUAAAUAUAAAAUUUCAGUGAAAAUGAAACGUGAGGCUGGUACGCCGCUGACCAGCUCUGACGACAAGAAAGCAAGGUUCGAGGCCGGACUUGACCUCGACCUGUCUCGUGAUCUCUCUGACCUCCAGGUGGAGAAUAUACUGAAGGAGGUCACUGCUCCGGGCCCAGUGCAAACUCAAAUAACUGAAUGGAUAGAAAAGAUCUCUGCUCUGCUUUUGAAGUCUGAUCUGCCCAAGACUAGCAAAUCUAAAGUUCUCUCUGGCGGUUCUGCUCCCAGGCUUAAAGGACUCAGGGACGGGUUUAAGUAUCCCGGAGCUAAGAUUCUCAGCGUGAUCCAAACAGGACAACUUGGAUCAAACUCUCUAGUGUUUCCUCAUGCUGUCGGAGUAAUCAAGAUUUCUCUCCAUUUCAAGAAAACCACAUCGGAUAAGAAGGAAAAAAGGGACAACCUUCUAGUUUCAAUGCACCAACUAUCCACUAUUCUGUCUGGUAGCAAUCUAGUGGACUGUUCACUUCACGUAAAUAAACCCUGGACUAAUAUCCCGGCUCUAAAGAUUAUCCCAUCCUCGUCAAAACUUAAAAAUCAUCUUUCUAUCAUCAUAGAACCGGACUGUGUUGAGGAUGGAGGCCUAUCCUCCGACCUCCAGGAUGAGUUGACCCGACUGAUGAACUCACACUCCAGCUACCGGAGUGCUGGUCAGCUCCUGGAAGUUUGGACGAGGCAGCUCCGUUGUCUCCUGCCGGUCAAUCUUCUUCCUGUCAUAUUUCUUCAUCUUCAUCUUACACAUCAGCUCACUAGGGCCAUGAAGCCAUGGCAGAUAGUGCGGAAGAUUUGGACAUUUUUAUCAGAGUUUACUCGAACGGAUCAAAUGAUUCUCGGAGUUGAGAAAACAGUUCCAAGUGUCUCCGACGUGUCUCCGAUCCUGGAUCGGGACGGAGCUUCUUCCUUGUUCCCCGAGUUUCCUGGAUCUCAGUGGCAAUCCCUUUGCUCCUGGGCGGCUGCUGCGUUAAGAUCGUCCUUGAGGGAGACACUUCUUGUUAAAAACAAUAUUGGAGCUUUGUUUGAUACACUAGUUAUCUUUCAGGGAUCUGAUAUUGAUCCUUGUAAGCUUAUACUUAACCUAGAGUACGGUUUAGUAGACAGGGUUACCCGUAUCUGUGGAAUAGAUAGCAAUUACAGCGAAGAUAAGUUUAUGGUUGGUCUAAACCUAAAUCCUUCAGCCUACUUUCAUCCUGCCACACAGGGACCAGAGUCAGGUGACCCCGAAGCGGCCAGGUUCAGAAAGUUCUGGGGAGAAAGAAGCGAAUUGAGACGGUUCCAGGACGGAGUUGUGAAAGAAGUUGUGGUUUGGGGAACCCAGAGAGAGGAAGUGAUCAAGGAUCUAAUCCGAGCAAUUGUAUCUAGACACCAUCCUGGAGUAGAUGUGGAGGAGAGAGGAUCCUGGCAUCCUAAGCUUCUAGUCGGGGACGGAGGAGAAGCAGGACGGAAAGAACUUGAUGUAAUCACACCUAUCCUUUACGGAUUGGAAGGACUACCUCUAGCUGUAUCCGGAGUAUCCGGAUACGGAGAAGAAACCCGACUCUCCCGGGUCGGAGCCAGGAACUCCGGAUGGAGGAUCGGAGGAAAAACUGUCAAGGAGAAAAAUGGAGUUGCUAUGCUCUGUGAAAAGUUAGGAAUCGCGCCUAAGUAUAUUCAAUGUACAGAUGUUAUGUUACAAGCUGAGCAUAGUGGUAAAUGGCCGAAAGACAAGGAUGCGGUGAGACGGCUCCGUGUUGCCUGGCUCCUUGAGGUGGCUAAAGCACUGAAAAAGCAGGUCGAGGGAAUUAAGUUCACUGUCCUAGGAGAACGCCUUGUUGUCGUCACAGCAACACAAGAGGUUGUGUUAAGGUUUAGUGUCGGAGACAAAGGAAGAGGAGAUAUUGGACAUCUUUCCCAAUUUUCCUCAUGGUUGGGAGGUGUUGCUAAAACUAAUCCGGCCUGGUCAGGCGGUGUCAGAUUAACGAAACGAUGGGUCUCCGCUCAUCUACUUGGAGAUACUAUAUCUGAUACAGCCGUGGAGGUAAUUAUGGCGCGGAUAUUUCUAAACCCUGCAGAGUUCGACUCGGCUCCGGUGUCUCCAGUAGCAGCGUUCUACCGGUGGUUACAGCUAGUUUCAUCCCAUGAUUGGAAUGAAUCUCCCUUGAUAGUUUCUCCGGACAUGGAAAGUUCUGAACCCCGGUCGCGUCUUCCUCCGCUUUCGGUCAUAUCUCCGCAUGAUCCGACCCCGAGCUAUUGGACUUCUCCCGGUCCGUCCUGGACCGAGCUCCAGAGGCUGGUCACCCUGGCAGCAGCUAGUCUACAGAUUCCCGAGGAUAAGGCGGAUCAAGAAGAAUUAAAAACCGUGGAACAAAUAUUUACUCCAUCCUUGGAUUCCUACGAAUUCCUUAUCCACCUGAAACCUCUCCAGGUUCCAAAUAGAUCUCUAGCAAUAUCCAGAUUAUGGCGAGAAGAUUCUAGUAAGAGUGAAAAUGAGAAGAGCUCCGUUAUUCCUGUUAUUGAGUUUAACCCGGUCCAGCACCUGCUGGGGGAGCUGAACACAUGUUACGGUCAGCUCGCCAGGUUCUACUACGAUAAGUACGGAGGGAUGGUUAUAGCGGUAAAACUAAAACAGAAAACGAAGAACCGAGUGAAACUGGGAGAGCUAGCCGGACAUAUGACCAGGGGAUCUGAGAUUGAAGUGAACUGGGGUGCAGUGGUAGAGGACUGGAGAAUACUGGGGGACGGUAUCAUUAAAGAUAUUAUUUGUCGAGACACCCAACAAUUUAUCUAAUUUUUUAUAUUUUUUUGUUCAAUAAAAUUUACAGAUGACGCUU